AAUCAGAAGACCCCCAUCAUAGGGUCAAAAAGUAGAAACCCACCAUAGGGCAUCCAUUCAUAAUUCCACUCACCAGGCUUAAAAUAAGAUUGAGGAAAUUUCACACCCAAAAUAACAAUAAAGUAUACUGAUUUCACAAGGUGUAGUCAAAAAGUAAACCAACCCCAUAAAAGCCAACUCACAAACAACUCAAAAACAUUCUUUCUUCCUUUAAACUAAGGACAACUCCAGACAAAGCAGGUGAUCUUUUUUGUUCUUGAGAGGACAUCAUCUUAUAUCUUUUCUUCUCUUACCUUUUAUGGAUACUACUACUCAAUGGACACAGGAUAUAGGACUUGUAACAUCCAAUAUGGCUGCACAAAUAGCUCCACCUAAUGUUACAUGUUCAAGAACAUCUUCUACAAUGGAGAAAAAGGUCAGGCCACAAAAAGAUCAAGCCAUAAAUUGUCCAAGGUGCAAUUCAACAAAUACCAAAUUUUGUUACUACAACAACUAUAGUCUUACUCAACCAAGAUACUUCUGCAAGACUUGUAGAAGGUAUUGGACAGAAGGUGGUACACUAAGAAAUGUUCCAGUUGGAGGUGGUUCAAGGAAGAACAGAAGAUGUUCAUCUUUAUCAUCAUCAUCAUCAAUAUCAUCUUCCCAAAAGCUUCCUGAUCUAAACCCUAAUCCAAGUCUUGGUGCUCUUCAAAACCCUAAUUAUAAUCUUAAUCUUGGAAGUAACCAAGAUCUUAAUCUAGGGUUCCCAUCAAUUAUACAUGAUCAUAAUAAUUACUUUCGGGGCGUGCCUCAAUUUCUUGAAUUUCCUAAAAUGGAUAAGGAAAAUAGUGGAAUCGAUCAAUUCUCAACUUCAACUUCAAAUACUACUACUCCAGUUUCAGCUCUGGAUCUUCUUAGAACCGGAAUUGCCUCAAGAAGGUUAAGUGCAUUUAUCACAUCAUCACCACCACCACCAGAUUUAAACGCGCUGUACACAUCAAGUGGAGUUCAAGAAAAUGAUGCAAAAAUGAUGUUCCCAUUUGGAUGCUUGAAUAAGCAAUUUUCAGCUGAAAAUCAUAAUAAUAAUAAUAAUGAGAGUAAGGGGCAGGAGAAUUCAUCAAGUGUUGGAUAUUGGAAUGAUGGAAUGUUAGGUGGAGGAGGAUCAUGGUAAAGGAAUUGAAAGAAAAUAUUGUGCAAAAAUCUCACUUUGUAACUCUUGUUUUUUUUUUUUUGUUAUAUUAUUUUUCUAUCAUUGGACAUGCUUUGAUCAUUAAUUUGUUUGGAACUAGAUAGAAGAUAGAUCUAGUUUCCUCGUUCUUCACUUUACUCUUUGACAAGUGUUUGUAAUGUUUGGAUCAUAACAACGUUUUUCUUGUUCGUUUUACUCUCAAUUAUGUAAAUAUCAUUUUCUCUUUCUGAUCA